AUGACCAGCCUAGGGAUUCAGCAACGUCCCACUGUCCACAGACACAUAGGGAGGAGUCCCUUACUCCUGUCUCACAAACAGAGGUCCUCCUCCUCCUUGCCCCUCCUGAAACGCCUGCACCAGGCCAGGGGGGUUUACCCUGUCUCUGUGCCCCAGAAAGACCCGCCAUCGCUGGAUGACUACUUCUCCCUCCUCCAGCGACUGAAAGAGGAGACUUACAUGUACAAACAGAACAAGGAGCUGAAACACGUACAGAGCAGGAGGCCACCACCACGGUGUAAGCAGCAGCCUCACUCUCCACCUCUGCCCAGGUAAGAGAAUAGCUAUCUUAUCCUCCUGCAUGACUCCAUUUUGUUUGCCAGUGCACUACAGUAUAUUUGGUUAUUGUACUGUAUAUGUUGUACAUUAUGUAUUGGUGCACUAUGGGAACUACAUGUAGUUCAGCUGAUGGAAAUAAAUACUUUUGUCUGUCAUGGACUUGACUGUCAUAUAUGUUAGGAAUGGUGUCACAUGGGAAUGUUAGCGGGUAACAUCUGAACAGGAGUGUCGUUGGGAACCCUAGUCUGCAUCCCAAAUGCCACCCUAUUCCAUUUACAGUGCACUACUUUUGACCUGUCCAAAUAGGGCAUAGGGUGCCAUUUGGUACACACCCCUUGACUUGCUCCUCAGCAACAGGUUUAAAUGUCCUCUUGCAGUCCUCUUCCCAGAGGCCCUAGCAGCCGAGUCCCACCACUUCCCAGAGUACCCAGUAACAGCAGGGUCAUCCCGUUGGGUCGCCCUCAUCGUAGACUGAGCCAGCACUCCAGCCACAAGAUGGCGUCCUCCUCCUCCUCCCAGAAGGGUAAACACACCCCGGCCGUCAUCAAGGGCCAUCGCCACUUAAGCUACGGAGGAGCCGUCCCACCUGAGUAAGAUUAGGAUUAGGAAGAUUACUUUUUAUUGGUCUAAUGUACACGAUGGCUGACGGAAACUUGUCUUCUGCUUUAUUUUAACCCCUCCGAGUAUCUAGCAUUCAGUAGCAUUCAGAAAAUGCUCUCUCAAAUUAUUCCAAGUGUGGGCCAAAAUCCUUGCUUUCGAGUAAUUGUGAGAUUGUGGAUUGAUACCAAGGGUAUGCUGUAUUUGUUGGUUUGUUCCCCAAAUGGCACCCUAUUCCCUAUGCUAUGCACUCCUUUUGACCAGUAGUGCGCUGUAUAAGGAAUAGGGUUCCAUUUGAGACGCAACUUUGGUUAUUUUCCUUUAAACUGGUAUGUCUUCACAGGAACAUCACCGUUCAACAGUUUUAUGACCUUACGCCUACCAAGAAAAGUAACGUCCGCCUCAACGACCAGCUGUAGGUUGCCUUUUACAUACUAUAUGGUGCACUAUUUUUGACCUGGGCCCAUAGGGCUGUGGUCAAAAGUAGUGCACUAUAAAGGAAAUAGGAUGCCAUUUGGGACGGAACGCUGCAGUUCAUCACUGUACCAUAGCUGAAAUCAGUUUUACACCAACAUAACGUUCUUAUUCAUUAUCCCUCUUAUUUUACAAACAUCUCUUUUCAGUAUUCCAAAACCAACGGACAUCAACAUCGCGUAAGUUCUCAUUUUGUGAUCUAGAUCAGUUUCUCAUUCUUAAUUGUUACUGUACUACUGUAAUAUCCUUCUACAGUAACUGUUACCGUACUACUGUAAUAUCCUUCUACAGUAACUGUUACAGUACUACUGGUAAUAUCCUUCUACAGUAACUGUUACAUUACUACUGUAAUAUCCUUCUACAGUAACUGUUACCGUACUACUGUAAUAUCCUUCUACAGUAACUGUUACAGUACUACUGUAAUAUCCUUCUACAGUGACUGUUACAGUACUACUGUAAUAUCAUUCUACAGUAACUGUUACCAUACUACUGUAAUAUCCUUCUACAGUAACUGUUACAGUACUACUGUAAUAUCCUUCUACAGUAACUGUUACAGUACUACUGGAAUAUCCUUCUACAGUAACUGUUACAGUACUACUGUAAUAUCCUUCUACAGUGACUGUUACAGUACUACUGGAAUAUCCUUCUACAGUAACGGUUACAUUACUACUGUAAUAUCCUUCUACAGUAACUGUUACAGUACUACUGUAAUAUCAUUCUACAGUAAUUGUUACAGUACUACUGUAAUAUCCUUCUACAGUAACUGUUACUGUACUACUGUAAUAUCAUUCUACAGUAACUGUUACAGUACUACUGUAAUAUCCUUAUAAAGUAACUGUUACAGUACUACUGUAAUAUCCUUAUAAAGUAACUGUUACAGUACUACUGUAAUAUCCUUCUACAGCAGGGCUCUCCAACCCUGUUCCUGGAGAGCUACCAUCUUGUAAGUUUUCACUCCAACCCCAAUCUAGCACACCUGAUUCUAAUAAUUAGCUGGUUGAUAAGCUGAAGAAGGUUUUUACAACAGGGGUUGGAGCGAAAACCUACAGGAGGGUAGCUCUCCAGGAACAUGGUUGGAGACCCCUGUUCUACAGUAACUGCUUGUAUAAAGUUGGUCUCUGCUUUCUUAAUUGAUAUGCCAUCCCCCUCAACAGUAAGAUCAUUAUAGAAUGUAUAGGAUUAAUAUCCGUCUAACUGCUUACUGUAUAUGAAAUGUAGUCUCUGUGUCCUUUACUGCUCUGCCCUCCCAACAGAAAGAGGAUAAAGGAGGAUACAGUUUAUAGUGUUAAUAUCCUUUUACAAUAACUGCUUCAAUAAAGUGGUAACAUCUCUCCUUCCUUCACUGCUAUGCCCUCCUUCCCUACAGAGAGCUAAUGAUAAAGGUUCCGAUUCCAAAGGAACAUCCGUAUCAGGCCCACAUCUCCCACUUCGCCCUGUUCCCAACGUUCCGCUCACCAGACGACCCCGACACAGGCGUGAGAGCUGCGUCCCUACGACCCCUGAACCCUCUCGUCCCGGCCUCUGCUCCAGAGGUCAUCGUGCUGAGAAAGACAAAAAGUGGUGUUUAUACAGGUCUCUGUGUGUGUGUGUGUGUGUGUGUGUGUGUGUGUCUGCGUGCUGGCCUGUGUAAGGUCACACACACAAGCACAAGCCUCAUUCCCAGAUGAAGUGUCUUGUCUUCAAUCACAGGGGGUCCUCUUCGUCAUGAGGUACUGGAGACACCCAUGACAACCAGGAAGAAAACUAUCUCAUGGCCAGGACAUCAUGGCUUCCUGGAUGUGAGUAGCUACAGUACAGUCAUUUAGCUAGGUUUCCCUCUCACUGUACACAGAAACAACUGCGUCCCAAAUAGUACACUAUUCCCUAUAGAGUGCACUACAUAGGGAAUAGAGUGCUAUUUGGGAGGCAGAAUAAGAUCCUUCAUGUUAUAUUUCAUCUCAUUUGACCUCGGAAGCCCAAUAAAUGUAUGUUCCCACUGAAGUGAAUGACUAGGGAUGCAUCCCAAAUGGUACCCUAUUCCUUAAUGAUGCCCUAUUCCAGGGCCCUGGUCAAAAGUGGUGCACUAUUAAGGGAAUAGGGUUCCAUUUGAGAAACAACCCAAGGAAGAAGGUCACCUGUCCUGCCUCCCCUUUAUCUCUGUCUCUCUCUCAGCACCCUGAGGCCCAGACCCAGGCAUUCUACCCUAAGGGCCAGAAGACAGUGUUUCCCAACCCUACCCUGCGUGACUGGAACGUCACACUGUCUGAACCAACAGCCAACAUGCUCCGCAACGUAGAGAAGUCCCACUGGGUCACCUCCUACCAGCUUCACUACACGGGUAUACAGAGCAGAGCCCCAAACACACAGGCUGUAUCCCAAAAGGCAUCCUAUGUAGUCCAUAGGGCUCUGGUCAAAAGAGGUGUACUCUAUAGGGAAUAGGGUGCCAUUUGACACACAUCCAGAUGCAAAUGGAGUAAUACUCCAGACUAGUUAGAAAAGGGAACUGGCGGCCCGCGGAUCAAUUUACCAGUUGUUAUUAUUCAAUGUUUUUAGGAACUCAGUCGGGGUCUCAACUUACUGUUGAGAGUUAGAAUAGUAGAAUACACAAGGUGACAUUUUGAAAUUUGGUUGUACAUCAGCAGUUUUUCUCUUGUUAUGUUAGUAAUUUACAGUCAGUCAAUUAGCCCAUGUCCGCUACCAUUUUUUAGAUUGGUAAGUUAGUCUAGCCAGCUAUCUAAACUUGUAGUAAUCAUGGUCAAAUUACCGGCCGGGGGCCCCCAUUGAUUUGGUUAGUCACUCUCACUCAGAUAUCAUAUUAAAUGUAAGCAUUUAUCUCCACCUAUGGAAAAAUGUGUAGAAUUGCAGUAAAUGAACUGUAAAACUGAAAAUGUAUCUUCUCCCCAUGGCAAAAUUAGUAGAAUUGUGUGAAAUGAGUUGUAAAACUGCAACAUUUUCUGGUGGCCGGCUCUGACUGCAUGUGUGGGAAUGGAUGUGGGUACGCAGACCGCGAGCCCCUGCGGCCCCUCAUGAUGAGUUCAGAUUUCUUGUGGCCCCCACCCCCAUCACAGUUCCCCAUCCCUGAGAAACAGCAUCAACACACUUUUGCAAACAGUUAGUUUGUUAACAGAGUUUAUAUAUUUUGACUCCAGGAACUGGGCCUACUAAUCCCUUGAGGUUGGAUGACUUCCUUGAGAACCCCAUUGACAUGAUCACUGGGAAGAUGACUCCCUACACAACACAUCUGGUACGUACAGUAACGUAUGAAUCACCUGAAUACACAGUGCAACAGUUUUAAUACAUUUAACUGCUUCCCUAAAAUAACACAUUAGCCUCUAAAACUUCUUAAACUUCCCCAACUACUGUAAAAAUACUUUUAGACAGCUUAAGCAAGCACACCGUUUUUCUUCAGUAUCUCUUUACUUUGAUGACUGAACUAGACAAACCUCCUCCUAACAAACCAGUGCUUGUCUCUCUCAGAGGGAGCGAUCCUACCCCGUCCUGGUGCCCUCUUAACCACGAGACGGGCGCAAGGCCAGAAUACGCCAGGGCCGUCGUACUGUGGAGAGCACCUACCACCCUCCUGUCACUGCCCCAGCAGCAGAGUCCCUCAACGCAGACCAGACCUACACACAGAAUCACCCUGCUGUGCCUCUGGGAACCAUGUCUGGUCACCAUGGUCAUCAGGGGAUACAGGGGAACCACUCUCCUUAGGAUGGCCACUCAGAGCUCAGUCUAGCCAGGCCUGCGGCUGUAGAUGUGUCUGAGCCUGAGCCUGCUCAGGUGUCUGGGUAUGUGUUCCCUAGUCACCACCUUCAAGAUCAAGGCUCCAGGUGUGAGAGGUGUGGGGAGGAGAGGUGUGAGUGCCAGGUCACGGAGGCCAGAGAGGGGCUCCACCACCCAGGGCCAGGGGCAUCAGACCCCCAGCAGAGCAGCCAGGCUCCCAGAGCCUCCCUGGAGAAGGGAGCGGUGGAGAAGGUCACAGACAUGGAGAGCUCUCUGGCAUUGUGCAGCCGCCAGCUUUCCCAUCCUCCCCUGAAUGAGACCACAGAGGUUACCAAAGAGAAUAACCCCCAGAGUGAGGUAUACUACGAGGACGUUCCUAGCAGCAAGAAGCAGAGCUACACAGCAUCAGGGGGUAACCCGUUCAGCCUGAGCCAGCCAGCGUCAGCAUUGGCUACUAACAACACAGGGGCGGCAUAUGAAUCUGAGACUGCUGCUGAUCUGGUCUCUCCCAACAUCCGUAACUGGCGCUCAAGCGGGUCGACUGCCAAUCAGACCCUUGAAGAACAGGAUCAGGAGUGGCAUAACAGAGAGAUCCCCAUCCCUCGCAGUAUCUCCAACCCCUGUAUCCAACCCCGUCCCCAUGCCUUGCCUUCCACCCACCCAGGGGAGAGGGGCAGGGGCCGGUGCCAGUUGGCCCUGCUGGAGCUCCAGGACUCCUUCAGUAAGUCGGAGGUCCACCGCCUCUUCCACAGCUCCCUCCAGGGGGGCACGGUCAACCUGCAGGACAAUGUACACACCGGGAGAAAGCACCGCUUCUACGGCUUCAACUCCUACUAUUUCCACAACUGA